CUGCAGUUAAGAAACCGGCCGUUCGUCCUCGUGGAUAGACAGCUGAUGACGCAGCAGACGAAUGAGAACCCUUCCGACUUCUUCCUGUUAGGUCGAAAGUCGAUCGGAUGCAGAGUCGUGGUUGUCUACCUGCCUGAUUUCUCCAACAACCUCUCUGUCAAUUUCCUACAGAAGCUUGACAUUUCGAAGUAUCCGGAGAUAAAAGUGUUGGCCAUAGGACUUCCCGGAGGAGAAAGGGGCUUCCUCAUGAGUCACGUCUUCCGGAACACCAUCCACGCCCUCUACUUCGUCGCGGUCUCCAGCAGCAGGGAGGGAAAGCCCAUCGAGGCCCGUACAGAAAAUCACUUGGAAACACUUGAACAUCACGUUGGGAGUAUAAGGGCGUAUUUCCGGUGUCUGUUCUGCGACGCUGGAAGAAGCAAAGUAGUCAUGGCGGACUCUUGGUUUCCGAAAUCUGGCUGGAAGCACCGGGGACAUUUCGCUCCCGACCAGUUCAAGAACUUCAACGGAUACGCCUUGCGGAUGGCAGUGAAGUCGUUCUUCCCAUUCGCCGAAUUCACACGAGACACCGAUCAGCCCGGCACCUCGGUCCAGCUCGUCGACUGCCUGGAAGUCCGGAUGCUGAGGGAAAUGGCGCGGAAGCUGAAUCUGACGUUCCGGGCAUUCAUGUCCGUGGACGAUGAAUGGGGUCAACCCAUCGGCAACGGUUCGUGGACGGGCCUCGUGAACGCCCUCAUGAAAGAGGAGGCCGAUUUCGGGGCGUGCCUCUUCCCUUCGGCCAAGAGGAACGCCGUCGUCGACUUCACCAGGAUGUAUGCCCCGGAGCCGUUCCUCAUCGUCACCCACAAACCUCAGCGGCUGCCGCAGUACCUGGCCAUCAUCGAGCCCUUCACGAUGAACAUGUGGGCUGCUAUAGUCGUGAGUUUCAUGGCUGUUGGUGUGUCCUUCUGGUUCCUAAACAAAGGAUGGUUGGAGGUGUCCAUUCUGAGAGCCCUCAGGUGGGCGCAUCUCACAGAUGCUCCUGAGACAUUCAGCAUGAUGUACGCCCUUUUCUACACUUGGGGCCUCCUGCUCCAGCAGACUCCAUCCAAGUAUCCUUCGAACUCCUACAGCAGGAUAUGGCUGACAUGCUGGAUGAUCUUCAGUUUCCUCAUCAUGACGAUAUACAAGUCAGCCCUGUUUGCCAGUCUGUUGGUGCCCCAGAUGAGCGAGGCCAUCGACUCCAUACCCCAGCUCCUGAGGCAGCGGGGGUGGACAUGGGGCAUGGAGCCUCACUACAGCGUAGGCUGGCAGUUCCUGACAGAGAGCACUAGUCCUGAUAAUCAGAAAAUUGCAAAGACCUUAGGGGUACGACCUAUAGCAGAGGAAAUGAAGCUGGUGAAUCAAGGGAAACAUGCUUUUUUCACCUGGAGAAAUUAUGUGAAGAGUUUUAUUGCGGCAGAGUACACUGAUCGGAAUGGCUACACCCCCAUGUACAUCAGUCGACAAUAUUACUUGGAAACCAGCGGAGCUUACUGGGGAACCCGUAAAGGAGCACCUUUCCUGCGUACAAUUAUUGAUAUAAAGCAGCGCCUUUUUGAAGGACGCAUUCUAGAUCUCUGGUUGAACCAGAUAUUCCGAGAGACAACCAAACGCGCAAGAGACAAAAAUGGCCUCAGUUCCUAUAUCCAGGAUGACGGGAAUCAAGUGGUACUGAACCUGAACCACCUUCAAGGCGCCUUCUACGUCUUCUUCAUUGGAAUGUUGAUGGCAGUACUAGUUCUGAUGUCAGAGUGCUUACGGAAACUGUGUUGGUCAGGCAAUUAAGAAGCUAAACGUGGGUGCUGGCAAGAUCUUUUACACUAGCAAGAUCGAGAGAUCUGUUAUUGCCAAGAAAAAAAAACAAUCUAAUUUCACUCACUAGAAAUCUCAACACACUAGUUAUUACAAAAAAAUUGACAGCCAAAUCCAGACAUUGGCGAGAUCAGUGUAAUUGUUAUUGCCAAUAAAGAUACAAACAAGUCACAAGAACUGGCAAGAUUUAGUUCAGUUCAAUUUAUGAGAUUCAGGCUGUCAAGCCAAGCACUGGGGUGCUACCAGUGUGACAACCAGACUGCUCACACUGGUAGGGUCUAGAUGUCUGUUAUUGGCUAUUCAAGACUUCUGCAUCCUGCAGCACAGUGGCAAGAUCAAGAUAUCUAUUACUGGCACCUUAAUAAAAAUUCUGGAUACUAUUCUGAAUCGUUAAUUUCGUGGAUAACAUUUGCACAAUAAAUUAUGAUGGUAAAAUAAA